GUUUGGAACCGAUGAGAUGCUAGUUAGGAUUCGUUCAAAAUAACAAUUAAAAUGCAAUAAUAGUACAGUACUUAGACGUUUGUUUAAAUGCAUAAAAUGGUUUAACGCAAAUCGUUUUGCUGUAAAAUGCUUUAUAUAAUUCGCAUAUACUCCGCAUGGAUUGUAAACUCACCGUAGCUUCGGUGACAUGCUAGCCUUUAAGCUAUUUUAGAUAGAACUGGUGGAAAUAAAUUUGAGCUUUUCUUUCUACAACCAAAUUUCUUCAAGUUGAUACAAUGUUGGGAUUCUUGUCAGCAAGACAGGCCGGUGUGGAUGACCCUUUGCGACUUAAACGCGCUGAGUCAACGAGAAGAGUCCUCAGUCUGAAGCUAAAUCCCGACAGAGAUGUGGACCGGAUCCAUGGAAAUGGGAUUAAUACCAUUGACAUUGAUGCAAUUGAAGGCAGAUAUAUGUUAUCUGGAGGGGCAGAUGGAGUUAUUGUCAUCUAUGACCUGGAGAACCACAGUGGGAAACAACAGUACACCUGCCGACCCGUCCGGACUAUUGGAAGGUCAAGUCGACAUGUCCACAAAUUCAGUGUGGAGACGGUUCAGUGGUAUCCUUAUGACACAGGAAUGUUUGUCUCUAGUUCCUUUGACAAGACCAUGAAAGUGUGGGACACAGAGACUUUAAAGCCAGCUGAAGUGUUUGAGUUUGAGGGGAAUGUCUACAAUCACCACCUGUCGCCUAUUGCCAGGAAGCACAGUCUCAUCGCAGUUGGUACCAAAAACCCUAAAAUUCAACUUUGUGACCUGAAGUCUGGCUCACGGAUCCACGUUCUUCAGGGUCACAGAGCAGAAGUACUGGCCGUGCGGUGGUCACCAAGAUACGAGAACAUCUUAGCAACUGCCAGUGCAGACAGCAAAGUGAACAUUUGGGAUGUGCGGCGGGCUUCAGGUAGUCUUUUCACUUUGGAUCAGCACAACGGAGAGAAGUCGAAAGUGUCAUCACAAGCAGAAAACACAGCCCAUAAUGGCAGAGUGAAUGGUCUGUGUUUUACUUCUGAUGGCCUUUACCUCCUAACCACCGGCACAGAUGACCGUAUGAGGCUAUGGAAUAGCGCCACAGGGGAAAACACACUGGUGAAUUAUGGGAAGGUUUGCAAUGAGAGCCGUAAACGCCUGCAGUUCUCCGUGUCUCACGGCUGCAGCCCAGAGUUUGUGUUUGUGCCAUGCGGCAGCUCGGUGGCAGUGUACGCGCUGCACACAGGAGAACUGAUCACUAUGCUGCGGGGUCACUACAACAACGUGGACUGCUGCGAGUUUCACCCAGACUACCAGGAGCUGUACAGUGGAGGUAAAGACGGAAACCUGCUGGCGUGGGUACCCGUUGUCCGUACCGCAGACGUGGAAGAAGAGCCCAAUGGUGAAAAUAAGGUUGCUGCCAGCCUCUCUGCUGUGAACCCUGCCUUUCAAGACAAUUGGAGCAGUGAUGAAGAUUAAUAAGAAGGAUCGGAAUGUGUGGAUAGCUGAGGCAUGCCAAAUAAUCUUGCACUUAAUUAAAAGCUAGUGUAAGGAAUUUUCUUUUUUGGGUUUGUGUAAACUGCUGCUGACAGAUCUUUGACAGCAGAGACGACAGCCUUCAAAACUUGUAGAAAUAUGUAAAUAUUUGUUUGUGUAGAACUAUAAUCAAUGUUAUGUUGCUGUGCUAUUUGAAAGUGGCACCAAAGCGACCUUUUACAAGUAGAGCCCAUUUUAUAGUCCCAUAUUUUUAAACUUUUUUUUUACAUCAAUAAAAUGUUGUUUUCAAAAGUAA